AUGCAGGCGCGUACAAUCGCGUCCCCGCGCCUGUCGCGUCUAAAAGACUCAACGUAUGGACCCGUCUUGGCGGAGCGGAGUAUUCUGGUGCGAUUGUGCAUGCAUCGGGCGAUGAUCGGCGUCGAGCGAGGCGGAUGGUUGGUAAGCGGUGGACUGUCGGCUGCGAGGACGGUCGCAUUUGCGCGAGGCGAGGCGAGCAUUCAGGCGAGUUGCAUGCGCCAUGACUCGCGCCAGCGCGUGCGGGAGCUCCUGGCUGAGCGUUGA